GGGGUUGGAUCUGAAGCAACUGUGCUAGAGCUCCCUCUUAUUCCGUGUCCACGUGACAUCCUUUGACUUUGCCCUGAUACCUCCCAUUUAGUUGGGGCCAAUAAUCCCCUAACUUGAUUUCAAAAACUAAUGACUAAGAUUGGUGACUGGAGCUGAGGUGCCUGAGUCAGGUUGGGGGUGGGGUCAUUUUAGUUACAGGAAGUAAGGGACUUUCAUUUCCUCCUCUUCCAAGAGAAGGCAAAAGGAAUAGGGUUGAACAACUGGUGCUGGCGCAGCCUAGCUGAACCUGUGGUGAGGCAGUUCUGCCAUGAAGCUGGCUGUACUUUUGGCUUUGCUGGGGCUGCUAGCAGCCCAGGAAACAGGGAAUGACUGUCCUCACAAAAAAUCAGCCACUCUGCUGCCAUCAUUUACGGUGACACCUACAGCUACAGAAAGCACAGCAAACCCUACAACCACUCAAGGACCCUCCACCACCAGUCCUGGAAAUUCCACAAUUCAUCCAACAAGCAACAGUACUGCUGCUACCAGCCCUGGACUCACGACUGCUACUCACAAUCCUGCCACCAUCACCAGUCCUGGAAAUGCCACAGCUCAUCCUACAACAAGCAAUGGCACUGCUACCAGCCCUGGGUUCACCAGCUCCCCUCACCCAAGACCACCUCCACCCUCUCCAAGUCCUAACCCAAGCUCCCAGGAAGCUAUAGGACACUACACAUGGACUAACGGUUCCCAGCCCUGUGUCCAACUCCAAGCCCAAAUUCAGAUUCGAGUCCUGUACCCAACCCACAGUGGAGGAGAGGCCUGGGGCAUCUCUGUACUGAACCCCAACAAAACCAAGGCCCAAGGAGGCUGUGGGGGUUCCCACGCUCACCUUCUUCUCUUAUUCCCCUAUGGACAGAUCGGCUUUGGAUUCAAGCAGGACUUACAGCAGAGCCAGAGCAUGGUCUAUCUGAACUAUAUGGCUGUGGAGUACAAUGUGUCCUUUCCCCAGGCAGCACAGUGGACAUUCUCAGCUCAGAAUUCAUCCCUUCAAGAUCUCCAAGCACCCCUGGGGCGGAGCUUCAGUUGUAGAAAUGCAAGCAUCCAUCUUUCUCCAGCUUUUCACCUUGACCUGCUCUCCCUGAGACUACAGGCUGCUCAGCUGCCCCAUACAGGAGUCUUUGGACCAAGUUUUUCUUGCCCCAGUGACCAGUUCACCUUGCUGCCUCUCAUCAUUGGUUUGAUCCUCCUUGGCCUUCUCACCCUGGUGCUUGUUGCCUUCUGCAUUGCCCGGAGGCGUCCAUCCACCUACGAGCCCCUCUGAACAUUUGCCUGGACCUUAAGGCACCAGAGGGUACCCUCAUUUCCUCACCAUCCAACUAACUCACAAAGUUAUCUUCCCUGUCUUUCUUGAAGAACAAAAAUAGAGAUAAUGCAAUUAGGAGGGAGGAAAAAGGUUUCAUUACAUAUGACAGGCUUUUGCUCCCCUGUAGGAGUGGUAAAACCUACUCAAAUCUUUGUCCUUCAUUUGCCUUGUUCUGCCAGGAUUAAAAGUCAUGAGUUUCUUGUCA